AUGGUGUUUGACCUCUUCCUCAACGAGCCCGACCAGGCUGCCAGCAGCGGCAACCAGCAGGAUGAGGAUGAUGAUGGUGGAUCAUCGGCGGCGGUGCUGCUGCUGCCUGACGACAUGCUCGUCGACGUCCUCCGCCGCCUCCCGCCUAGAAGCCUUGCCGCGUCAUGCUGCGUCCGCAAGCAGUGGUGCUCCAUCAUCGACGCCCGACGUAUGCUCCGCGUCGACCUCCUCCCUCUCCAGCUCGAUGGCUUCUUCUGCAACCCCAACGACCUCCAAGACCGCCCAUCUUUCUUCGCACCCCCAUCGACAAUGCGCCGAAUCACCACCUGCCUCGACGACCUCUACGACACCCUCAGCUACAUGAGCAUCAAGGACCACUGUAAUGGUCUGCUUCUACUUGGGCAGCAGAUGGUGGUCAACCCUGCCACACGACAGUGGGCCACCUUGCCUGCCUACCCAUCAUCAUCAUUUUCUGGUGUCGACGGUCAGCUGUUUCUACGUGUCGACAAUGAGCUGAUUUUCUACGAUCCCAUGGUGUCGCCGCAGCACUACGAGGUAUUUCUCAUCCCCAUGUAA